AUGGGUGGUUGUGUGUCAGUACCUUCCAACACCAUUAAAAAAAGGAGGAAAUUCCAUAGACGAAUAAUAAGAAGACGCCGUGGAAAGAUCUUAAAUUCAGACCUUAAUGGUGGCAAGAAGAGGAUUAGUGAUGCAGGGAACCAUGUAACAGAUUAUUCUGUUAGUGAAUUUGUUCAAAUGGACUUUGAGAAUGGUUCAACAUUCCAUCUUACGCAGCUUGAAUGGCAUCACAGUGAACAUGAUGCAAAUGCAAUAUGCCAAGAUGAAGCCUUUUUUGAUUCUGUCAGUAUAAUGGAAUCUGAAUCUGAUGAUGACUUCACUAGUGUCCAUGGAGAUGGUUUUCAAUUGGUUGGCAACACAAAUGGAAACAUCUCAAGUGGCCAAGUGCACCAGUAUGAAAGAUCAGCAUGUUUUGUGGAUAACAACCAUCAGUAUGAAGAAUAUCAUGAAAGUUAUGUUAAAGUUGAUGGAGGUAAAUCAGAUAGGUCUAAGGGCAAAGAUGAAAAUGGAUUUGCCCCAAUCAGUACACAAAGUUAUGGAGUUUCAAGAUUAAACAAGAGUCAUAAGAGCUUCAAAGGUAUAAAAGAAUAUAAGCAUACUUUGGAGGAGAAGUCUCAAGAGAACACACUGAAACCAGGUCUUCCUUUACUAGCACCCUCUGACAAAAUAAAAAAUGGGCCAAGCAAAGGUGUCCAGUCUCUUAAAAUGCAGUCAUCAAUUUUUAGGCUUUCUUUCAAGCGGAGGUCCUGUGAUGUAGAAGAAACCACUGAACUAUGUCAAUCAAAAAGAUAUCUGUAUCGUCCCAUAGCAGGACAUAUAAUAUCAUGUCAGAAAGGAGAAAAGUCUUCAGGAUGUUGGUCUGAAAUUCCACCUUCAACGUUUAAACUCCGUGGUGAAAACUUUUUCAAAGACAAGCGCAAGCUUCCUGCAUCAAAUUAUAGUCCAUAUAUUCCAAUUGGUGUUGAUCUAUUUGCCUGUCACAAAAAGAUACAUCACAUUGCCCAAUUCCUUCAACUUCCAAAUGUGAAAGCCAUUGGGAAAGUUCCUCAACUUCUUAUUGUAAAUAUCCAGUUGCCUACAUAUCAGGCUGCAAUGUUUGGUGGUGACAGUGAUGGAGAAGGGAUGAGCCUUGUACUAUAUUUCAAGGUUUCUGAGACUUUUGAUGAACACAUUUCUUCCCAAUUUCAGGAAAGCAUAAAGAAACUCGUUGAAGAUGAGAUUGAAAAGGUCAAAGGAUUCACAAAAGAAUCAAGUAUUCCUUUCAGAGAAAGAUUAAAGAUCAUGGUAGGACUUGCCAACACUGAAGAUAUGCACUUGAGUUCCACCGAAAAGAAGCUAGUAAAUGCUUAUAAUGAGAAACCUGUCCUCUCACGCCCUCAGCACAACUUUUACAAGGGUCCUAACUACUUUGAGAUUGAUCUGGAUGUUCAUCGAUUUAGCUACAUAUCAAGAAAAGGACUUGAUGCAUUUCGAGAUCGUUUAAAAGAUGGGAUUCUUGAUCUAGGACUAACCAUUCAGGCACAGAAACAAGAAGAACUUCCAGAGCAAGUGCUAUGCUGCAUUAGAUUGAACAAGAUUGAUUUUGGUGAUAAUGGUCAAAUACCGGGACUAAUUACCCUUGAUGGUGAAUGA